AUGGCCAUCUUUGUUGGGGGAUUUUUAGUCAAGAGAGCAUCAGCUAAGGACAAUGCUACUAAGGAAUCUGAAGAAAUACCGGUUAAGUUAGAAGGCAAACGAGAAAGCGAGAUAGCUAAUUCACACAAUAUCGACAGUCUAAGUAUGUUAAUAUUUACGAAUUUACUAAUAUUUACAGUCCUAAUGACAUGGUUGUUUAAAAUCCGCCGAUUUCGUUGCUUCCACGAAACCGGUGUCGCUACCGUCUUUGGUAUUGUUGUCGGAGCGGUUAUAAAGUACAAUCGAUUCCACGACACUUACAACAAUUCGAUAACGGUCGAUAAUUGCAACAAUCUUAGCGUAGCGCCCGAAAUCCUAAAAGUCAACAUCAAUGGAACUUUCUAUUCCUAUAGUUUUAAAGGAAUCAUUUACCGCGAUGACGAUGCGCACGAAAACGAACUCGAGGCGCGCUCGACGUUUAAUCCGGAGAUAUUCUUCCACGUGUUGCUACCGCCGAUCAUAUUUUCCGCUGGCUACAACAUGAAGAAGCGUUACUUUUUUCGCAAUUUGGGCGCGAUUCUGACGUACGCUUUUAUCGGUACUAUCAUCUCGACUUUUUCAACCGGCGCAAUGGUGUAUGGCUACAACGUUUACAUGGGCGUUCCCGAAUCGUUCGAUUUCACAGAGUGCCUACUGUUUGGGGCAAUGAUAGCAGCUACUGAUCCGAUCACUGUUUUAGCUAUAGUAACAGAUUUACAGGUCGAUGUGGAUUUAUAUGCCUUGAUAUUUGGGGAAAGUAUUUUCAACGAUGCGGUCGCAAUAGUUCUUUACCGUGCAGUGGAAAACUACUUGGCCUAUCAACCGAUUGCUAAGCGGGAAUUCGACCUGUAUUCCUUCCUGUGGGCACUCAACAGUUUCUUUUCAAUAUUUUUCGGUUCUUUACUAAUUGGUAUCGGUGUAGCGUGUACGAACGCGUUAGUAACAAAACUUACAAAAAUCGGAAGUUUUCCCAUUUUGGAAACGGCGUUAUUCUUCGUGAUGUCCUACAGCAGCUUUCUAGCAGCCGAAGUUGUAAAUUGGUCCGGGAUUGUUGCGCUACUGUUUUGCGGAGUUACGCAACAGCAUUACACUUAUAAGAACCUUUCGGAAGCAUCGCGCACACGAACCAUACAAACUUUCGAGCUUUUGAAUUUUCUAUCAGAAAACUUCAUUUUUUCCUACAUCGGUCUAUCCCUCUUCACAUUUACAACUCAUAUUUGGGACUUCCGUUUUAUAGCGUGGUCGUUCCUAGCAAUUACAGUUGGACGAAUCUUAAACAUCUAUUCGCUCAGCUUUUUCCUGAACUUAGGAAGAUCCGGGACGAUUUCAUGGAAUUUUCAACAUAUGAUGAUGUUUUCGGGUCUUCGAGGAGCGAUAGCGUUCGCAUUAGCCGUACGGAAUACGGUUUCCAUGCCUCGGCAAAUGAUGCUCACGGCGACUUUGUCCAUAGUUCUGGUAUCAGUGAUUCUCAUAGGGGGUGCCACAACUCCGGUACUGAAACUCCUACAGAUUAAGACCGGGGUUGAUGAACACCAGGAGGAGUUAAAAGCUCGUAGGCUAAGCUUGAUUGAUAUCAAUGAUCCGACAGUUAGCACUCCGGAGGAAAGACGCGAGAAGAAACAGUAUGAAAGCGCGUGGCUCGUUAGAGUUUGGUGUAACUUUGAUAACAAAUACUUGAAGCCGAUUUUCACAGAAGAACAUGACAGCUAA